GUGGCGACCACCGGAGAAAGUUUGGGCCAAUUGGUUGGACACUGACUUUACUUUGGAAGACGAGAAAUAAAACGAAAGGCGGUGGUCGGAUUCCCGAUCGAUCCAUCCGAAUUCAAUACUGAACCGGGAAAAAUCGAAGAAAACGAAGAGAAGGGAUCGGGAAAGCGCAUUUUGCAGCUGUUCACCGUAUUGAACGGGAGUUAAACGGCGCAAGGCCGAAGCUUUUUCUAGGGUUUACGAGAAAGAUUCAUUCAUUACCUGGAAACUUGGAAGAUUGGUAGCUUGCUGCUGUAUCUUUCGCCCCCUCAAGUUUUCAAUCAUCGUCGUCAGCGAAAACCACUCCUUUCACAGCCAUGACCGAGUACUGGGUUAGCCAAGGGAACAAAUGGUGCGAUUUCUGCAAAAUCUUCCUCUCCAACAAUCCUUCCAGCAUAAGGAACCACGAGCUAGGGCAGCGCCACAAGGACAAUGUCGCGAAGCGGCUAACUACUAUGCGCCAGGAGAAGGUUGCCAAGGAGAAGGCCGUGAAUGAAGCCGCUCGUGCUCUCGAGCAAAUUGAAGCUAAAGCUAAACGUAGCUAUCAAAAGGAUGUGGCAACCUUGAAGGAGGCCGGUGAUGCCCGUGCACUGGAUAUCCUAGAAGAUAGUAAGGAAAAAUGGGCAUUCGACAGUACUUCAGGCUACUACUACAAUAACGAUAAUGGUUUGCAUUACGAUCCAAAUUCUGGCUUCUAUUACUCUGAUGCUAUAGGCAAGUGGGUAACACAAGAGGAGGCGUAUGCUGCAGGUAAGGCUUCAUCAGACGGCAAGCCCCGAAUGUCUUCAGUCUCGAUGCCAAUUUCUGUAAAACAGCAAACCAGUCCAGUUCCAAGUGGCCCACCACCCGGUCCAGUUGUCUCAGCAUCCUUAAACCCCACGAGAUCAGUCAAAGGUAAAACUUCAGCAGUCACUGUGAACAAGAGAAAGAGAGAAGAGAAGCCAAAGGUUUUAUCUCAAGAAGACAAAGCUGCACUUAAAGCAAGGGAGGCUGCUAAAAAGAGGGUCGAGGAUAGAGAGAAAGGAUUCCAUGGCCUUUACGGCGGCAAACGAUGAUUGGAGCUCUGCACAACAACAUCCACCUCCUGAAGAUUUAGGGUAUGCCUUCAGUCUUUGCUAACAUCUCAGAAUCUAUUAAUGCCUCUGCUCAUCUUACUGCCUUGUUUUCUUCUUGUAAGUUGUAACGCAUCCAUUCUCCCCUUAUCUUGCAAUCUGUACUUGUACAAAAAUACAAAGAGAUUGUGUUAUUCCGAUUGAAUCUUCAACAGUCCAUUGUUUGCUGCCACGAUCGUGCUUUGAUUGUCCUGUGAUGGACUAGAAUUGAUGAUCACUGUUAUGAUGCAUAUACAUUAUAUGUGUAUUUUUCUCUUCCAUUUCAAGCGAGUGUUCCCACUUGAAAAUAACAG